UCAAAGCAGUUACUGAAGAACGACAUCCAGAUAUAAAUUAUACUCUUCAAAGCAGUUACUGAAGAACGACAUCCAGAUAUAAAUUAUACUCUUCAAAGCAGUUACUGAAAAAAGACAUCCAGAUAUAAUGUAUACUCUUCAAAGCAGUUACUGAAGAACGACAUCCAGAUAUAAAUUAUACUCUUCAAAGCAGUUACUGAAGAAAGACAUCCAGAUAUAAAUUAUACUCUUCAAAGCAGUUACUGAAGAAAGACAUCCAGAUAUAAAUUAUACUCUUCAAAGCAGUUACUGAAGAAAGACAUCCAGAUAUAAAUUAUACUCUUCAAAGCAGUUACUGAAGAAAGACAUCCAGAUAUAAAUUAUACUCUUUAAUGCAUGCACUGGACAUCGUCUACCUUGAACGAUUAUGUCGACCAGUGGUGAUAGAUGUGUCGAACUGGAGGAAGUCUCUCCAACACAGGGAGAAACCAUCACUGAUGUGGAAAUACAUAAUCUUACCCAUGAGCAGUCUAAAGAGAAACCUUUCCAAUGUGGGGAGUGCUUAAAAUGUUUCUCUUACAAGUGUAGGAUUAAGCAGCACAUGAGGAUCCAUGUUGGUAGAAACCCAUUCCUGUGUGAGGUGUGCAGGAAGUGUUUUCCUCUGAGGUUCUUCCUGGAAGAACACAUGUUGAUCCAUAGGGGUGUUACCACCUACAAAUGUGAGCUGUGUACAAAGCGCUUCUCUCGAAGGUCCAACAUGAAAAGGCAUAUGCUGGUGGUUCACGUUGGUGACAAACCUUUUAAAUGUGAGGUGUGCGGAAAACGUUUCUUAAGGGAAAGCGAAUUACGAAACCAUAUGUUGGUGCACACAGGUGUGAAAGAGUUCAAAUGUGAGGUGUGUGAAAAGCGGUUUGUUCGUGAUUUUCUCUUGAAAAGACACUUGUUAAUUCAUACAGGUAUUAAACCUUUUCAGUGUGAUGCGUGUACAAAAUGUUUCCUACGAAAAAUCGAGUUAACAAACCAUAUGUUGGUUCACACUGGCGUUAAAGAGUUCAAAUGCGAGGUGUGUUCAAAGCGUUUCUUUCGGAACAAUACUUUGAAAAGACAUGUGUUAAUUCACACGGAUGUCAAGCCUUUUAAAUGUGAGGUGUGUGCAAAACAGUUCUCACAAAGUUUCCACUUAAAACAGCAUAUGACAAUUCACGCUGGUUUUAAACCGUUCAUAUGUGAGGUGUGUGCAAAGUAUUUCGCCACGAGAAGACUCUUGGAAACACAUAUGUGGAUUCACACUGGUGUUAAGCCUUUCGCUUGUGAUGUGUGUGAUAAACAGUUUUCACGUAGCAGCAACUUGAAACAACAUAUGUUGCUUCACUCUUAGCUCGAGUAACGUCUAGCCCUCCCCUUAUUGAUAUGUUGUAGGG